GAACUAACACUAUAAUGAGCAAAGCUCCAGUAAGAACUGUAUUUUUCCCUGCUAUUUUUGAAUAACCGGGCACCGGACCUGUUCUCCUUGCCACUGCCCGUUUGCAGAAGGACUGCUCUGUGCCUCUGGAGGGGCCGGGGGUGACAAGGACCUGGGAGGCGCAUCCCUUCUCGCUUGUUGGAGAUUGAACCCAGUUUUCAGAUCCAGGAUAGACUUGCCACAGACAUCCAGAAGUUGCUCCCUGAAGCCACCUGCAUGACAUCAAGCAAGCUCUGUCUUGAAAACAAUUGAGAUUUGUUGCCUGUUGAUUCUGUGGACAUUUGAAAUGAUGUUGCUAUGAGGAAAGGAGUCAGCGAUGACUGAUGUGGAGCCUGUGGUCACAGAUUUUGCAGCAUCAGGACGGGCAGGCCGCCGGAACGCCUUACCAGAUAUUCUGGGCUCUCCUGCGGGUGCUGGGACUUCAGACCUGCCACACAAACUGGCUGAGCUCUCUGUUUCAGAAGAUGAAGGAGCAGAGGGAGGAGAAGUGUCAUCAUCCAAAGCCUUGCUGGAAAGUCAAGAGGCGGAAGGAAAAAGCAGUGAUUCCUAAAACCUAAGGACUGCUGGAUUAAUGAAACCCGUCGACAGACUUUCCAGUUGCCCUGUGACACCCCUUCUGCAGUGUGGUAGCAACUUUAGCAGCACAGACAAGAUUUUGCAGCACACUUGUACCUAGGUGACAUUAAUGUGGAGCUACUGUUUUUUCUACAGUCAUCCUUAAAAACAAAUGUUCUACACAUCCAAAUGGGAAGAAAACUAAAGAAUGUAUCUCUUGUUUUGGGUUUUCUCAUGGUUCUAGUACUCAUCCUAACUAAUCUUCUUUGACAGUUUCGAUUAAUGUACCUAGCAGAUGUACCACCAACUAAUGAUUGCUUCAAAAUAAAAAUCCUGUCUCUUAAUUUCCCAAAAGAGCUUCUUUCUCUCUGAUACAGAGGUGUAUUCAUUCUCCCCACCUUAAGGUGAUAUUAAGUAUGUAUUAGAUUACAGACAUUAUCUGUAAUUUAUCUCCUGAGAUUUUUGUUCUCAUUAGGCGUAUGUAGAUGGGUGUGAGACAUAAAAAAAGAGACAUUUUUAUUCUCUCCUCCUCCUGUCUCCAAAAGGUUUGGUAAACUACUUCAACACCAGUGUUUGCUUUCUAACUCUCUUUAAAGUCUAUUUGAUUAUGGCAAGUCAUCUCAGUUCUCCUGCUCUUAGCAGUCUUGACACUUCUGUCAUUUCUGGUUUUAGGCUGAAUAUUGUAGCUGUUCAUGUGUAUCUAAAAUAAAGUAGUCAUGUUUGUAAGUGAUUAAAAUUGUUUAAUCUCACUGUGGAAAUUAAAUAGCUAUCAUAUUUUC